AUGAAUGAAAAAAGAAAGAAAAAAUCAAAUGAAACGAUAAAAACAAACAAAAACAAAACGACAAAUAUAAUGAAUUAUAUAUUAUAUAUAUAUAUAUUAUGUAUCUAUAUAUUAUUUAUAUAUAUUAUAUAUAUAUUAUCUAUCUAUAUAUUCUUCUUUAUCACUCUCUGUCUAUAUGUUUAUUCCUUUUAUAUAUGUUUAUUCCUUUUAUAUAUGUUUAUUCCCUUUAAAAAAUACCUAGAAGGCGACUAUGGGGAUCGGACCCAUGACCUUCUCUUUACGAGAGAGACGCUCUGCCACUGA